AUGGAAGACAAGAAAGCCACCACCACCGCCGCCGCCUCGCCCGUCGAUGAGAAGCUCGAAGAAGUGAAAAAGCUAGACGUCCCCGUGACAUCUCCCGAAGAUGUCGAAUCCGACAGACGCAUCACCCAGAAAUUGGAUUUCCACAUUCUGCCCUGGGUCUUCGUUCUUUGGCUGCUAGCUUUCAUCGACAGGAGCAAUAUCGGCAUGAGCCUCCCCCCCUCCCCACCGCCAUUCCUCUGAGGCUCUCUUCAGCGCUGAUUUGAUGAAAAAUGAACAGGCAACGCCAAACUCGACGGUCUUGCAACAGAUCUCCAUCUCACUGGGACAAAGUACAAUGUCGCCCUUACGGUCUUCUACAUCCUCUACGUCCUACUCGACAUCCCCUCGAAUUGGCUCCUGAAGUACGUCGGUGGCGGCCGCUAUCUUCCGCUGAUCGCGAUCGCAUGGGGAAUCGUAGGGACGUGCAUGGGCGCCGUCAAGAGCUAUGGAGGCCUGAUAGCGUGUCGACUGUUGCUCGGAGCCUGUGAGGGAGGCAUGUUCGGAGGCAUCAUACUCUAUCUGAGUAUGUUUUACAAGAGACACCAGCUCAUGUUCAGGCUCGGCAUCUUCUACUGUGCGGCCCCGCUUUCGGGUGCUUUUGGUGGGUUGCUGGCAACUGGGCUGGCGGAGAUAAGGUAUGGAGGCUAUCGUGGAUGGCCGUGGAUCUUCUUCGUCGAAGGCUCCAUAACUAUCGUGGUAGCGAUGGUCGCUUUCCUCUUCUUGCCGAAUACGCCCGGAGCCGCCAAGUUCCUUUCCGAAGAGGAGCGAGACCUUGCUGUCAGGAGACUGCAUAUCGAUCUAUAUGGUGAUGUGGGCGUCGUGAGCGUCGAAGAAGCAAAGUUCAGCUGGGAGGAAGUGAGUUCCUGCCACUCCGUGAGCGGUCUCAUGUCUGAUGCUGACUUGAGUGCAGGUCCGCGUCGCCCUUCUCAACGUCAACACCAUCGUGAUGUCCCUCAACUUCUUUCUCAUUCUUGUCCCAGUCUACUCCUACUCCCUUUUCCUGCCGACCAUCAUCUCCGGCUUGGGCUACAAACGGGUCACCGCGCAGCUCCUCACUGUGCCACCGAAUUUUGUGGCCUUCUUGAGUGUGAUUGCAUUCGCCUGGACAAGCGACAAGAUCAAGAAGCGUGGACCCCUAAUUGCGGCUGGCCUCUUGAUCGCAACAGUCGGAUACAUCAUGCAACUGGCCAGCGACGACAACGCUGUCAAAUACGCGGGAACAUUUUUCGUUGCAGUUGGCGCAUUUCCUUGCAGCCCUCUUGUCCUGGCUUGGCUGGGUAACAAUCUGGCACCACACACCACAAAAGCAACGGGUCUGGGAUGCCAAGUCGCCAUCGGCAACUGCGGCGCUUUCGUCGCGACAUUUACCUAUCUCAGCAAAGACGCGCCAUCGUAUACCACCGGCCAUGCGAUCAACCUCGGAGCCAUCGGUCUGAGUAUGAUGUUGACAGUGGGCAACAUCCUGUACAUUCGCCGUGAGAAUAGCCAGCGACGUCGCGGGAAGAGGGACUACCGCCUUGCUUCAGCAGCAGUCGGAGGAGAGCGCAGAUUGGGAUGUCGCCAUCCGAAUUUCAAGUACACAACAUAG